CAACGGCGCAAGAGGAAGCUCAGAGUGUCGACAGCCUCGAUUCGAGUCAACGCGAGAAAGCUCGUGGUGGAAAUGUAUCCGGACGACCCGCGUGCAAAGAACUUUUCAGCGUCGGACCGGUGGUGCAGGAAGUUCGCGAAGCGCCACCAUCUCUCGAAACGAAGGCGCACAAACAUGAAGAACAAGUCGGUGGAGGACCGUCUUCCGCAGAUGAAGAGCUUCCACAGGAGGCUGCGCCAGCUGCUGCAGGAACCACCCGUUCGCCGGGCCGCUGCUGGGGGCGCCGCCGAGAACAACGGCGCUGCGAUCCCGUUCCCUGGUCUUGAGAAGCGACAGUGCACCGUCAACUGUUAUUACAUCGGAGCUGGCGACAAGUUGAUGCGGACCGCGUUCAUUUUCCGCGGCAAAGGCAAAGUCUCGGGGGUGGACAAGGCGGCGUAUGACCCCGGCGUGGACGUGCUCUUCCAGGAGAACGCGUGGAUGCACGGCCCAACGUGCAUGGCGUGGGCAAAAAACAGCUUCCUAAACAGCAUCAAGGGGGAGGAAGGUGUCGUCCCAGAGGAGCAGUCCAUCCUUUUCGCGGACAACCUGCACGCGCAGACAACGGACGAGUUCAAGAAAUUCCUUCGCGGCGAGUGCAACACGCUGCUGCGGCUACUUCCCCCCAAGCUGACCGACGAACUCCAACAGGUCGAUGCCGGCUAUGGACGCCUCCUCAAAGUCGAAGUCGGUAACGAGCUGGAUGAAUUUCUUGGGCACGAGGAAAACCUUUGCUUGUGGGAGGCCAACAAGCUUUCAGCUGGUGCAAGGCGAAUCCUUUUCAUGCGAUUCGUUGCAAGGGCGGUCGCGCGCAUGGACGCUCGGCCUGGGUACCGCCAUCGCUUGUUCGAGAAGACCGUACUGGCGAUGACGGCAGACGGGUCGUUGGACGACCGCAUCACUCCGGACGGUGUAGUUGGGGCGUACAACUUCAUGGACGGGGGCACGAGCAGUGGGCGGGUUCCGAGCUAA